UGAUCCGUGCACAAACACGUGGCAUCCAAUCAACACGAAAAAGGAAGCAGUCUCAUGUGUACUGAUCACAGCCAAUCCUUCCUCUAUCCACCCCCAACAGAAUCAAACGGAUGAAAGCCUGAAGGAUCACGAACAACUCACGUGCCCAUUUGUUCAGUUCAGGAUAACGAUCUCUCUCCCCUCUCUACAAUGGCGGCUCUCGGUUCGAUCUCUCUUCUAUCCAUCAAAUCCAUCUCCGUCACUUCUUCCGCUUCUUCUUCUUCUUCUUCUUCUUCUUCGUCGUCAAAUUCAAGAAUUGCCAAGCCUCUGCAACUCGCUUCGAGGUCAUCCGGCGUCGUGUGCGAGAUUGAGUCUCCUGUGAAAGCCUCUUUUCGCGAAUCAAAAACUUGGCGAGCGGUGGCUUCGGCUGCGUUGGCGGCCGCCGUCGUUAGCUUCAGCUCAUCUUUGCCGGCAAGUGCUGAUCUCAACAAGUAUGAAGCGGAGACUCGCGGCGAGUUUGGCAUUGGUUCAGCCGCGCAGUUUGGUUCGGCAGAUCUCAGGAAAGCAGUGCACGUGAAUGAAAAUUUCAGAAGAGCCAAUUUCACAGCUGCUGAUAUGAGGGAAUCUGACUUCACUGGCUCUACAUUUAAUGGCGCCUAUCUUGAGAAAGCGGUCGCUUAUAAGGCAAACUUUACGCGUGCAGAUUUGAGUGACACACUGAUGGAUCGCAUGGUAAAGAUACAAGACUCUUGCUUCAUUGCUAAAUUAAGUGUUCUCAAUGAAGCUAACCUCACCAAUGCAGUGCUAGUAAGAACAGUUCUCACCCGCAGUGACCUUGGAGGUGCCAUUAUUGAUGGUGCUGACUUCAGCGAUGCUGUUCUGGAUCUUUCAACAAAACAGGCUCUUUGCAAGUAUGCAAGUGGCACAAACCCAAUUACAGGGGUGGACACCAGAAAAAGCUUGGGUUGUGGAAACAGCCGUCGCAACGCAUAUGGCAGUCCGUCUUCACCUCUGCUAAGUGCUCCCCCACAGAAAUUGCUUGAUCGAGAUGGCUUCUGUGAUGAUAGCACUGGACUUUGUGAUGCAAAAUAAUUUCGAAAGGUGUUCAUUUUGGAAGUUCUAAUGAAGUUCUUCAUCCUUGUACAUAUGAAAGAGCAUCUAUUAAAUGAAGUACACUGUAUACUGGUCGUGAACAUCGAUGUUGUUGCAUUUGAUUGUAGGCAUCCGUUGAUGCCGAGAUGAGUCAAACAGGAAA